AUGAAUUACACACAAAGCAGGAGGCGUCUCUUUGCGUUUAGUUGUGUUAUCUGUGUUGACAGGACGAUGCCUUUGAGAACCGGACUUUUUCUCCUACUGGUGCUGAAUGCAUCAGCCUAUGAAGUGGAUCAAAACGAGUCCUAUUCGCCCAGGAGAGCACGCUUUUCUGCCAAUAGCCCUACAGAUGUGGCACGCUGUCUCAGCAGUGCCCUCCAAGUUGGCUGCGGAGCCUUCGCCUGCCUGGAAAACUCAACUUGCGACACAGAUGGCAUGCAUGACAUCUGCAAGUCCUUCCUAUACAGUGCUGCUAAAUUUGACACUCAGGGUAAAGCGUUUGUGAAGGAGAGCCUUAAGUGCAUUGCCAAUGGCAUCACCUCGAAGGCAUUCCUCACCAUCCGCCGCUGCUCCGCCUUUCAAAGAAUGAUAUCCGAAGUCCAAGAGGAGUGUUACAGCAAGCUGGAUAUCUGCACGGUUGCCCGAUCAAAUCCAGAUGCUAUUGGUGAAGUGGCACAGCUGCCAAGUCACUUUCCCAACAGGUUUUAUGGUAAGCUGCUACAGAGCCUGAUGGACUGUGAUGAGGACACGGUGGAUCGCGUUAGGACCAGCAUGGUGUCGCGGCUCGGCCCAGAGAUGACCAUGCUUAUUCAGCUGCUGCAGAACAAGCCCUGCCCAUCCACCGCUGUGGCUGCAGCUGCCGCCAUCCCAACUGGAGCAGAGAGCCGUGGGAGCUGGCGCCUGUCCAUGGGUCCCCAUGUGUACAAGAUCCAGCCUAAUCUGCGAAACAGAGACUCUGCCAGUCAUUUUGGCAAAAAGCGCUCCGCCAGCGACAGCUCCUAACUUCCACUUCCACUCACCCCCUCAAAACACCACAAAAGCUCCUCUAUUCCCUAGAGGUGAUACCAAUCUAUUCCUCUGCUAAACUGGAAGUUACAGAAAUCCCACCUCUAGGGAAUGCCGGACCACCCGUAGAGUCCAUAGAGUCGAUAUCAGUUUGAUUGUUGUUAUAUUAUAUAUCCUACACUUUAGACUCGAAAGAACCCCAUCUUCCAUAGACUGUUUUCAAAUGUGCCCGCUCACAGUUAGUGUUGAACAGGAGGCUGCUGCAAUUGUGCGACGUGGUCCUGUUCGUUCCUCUUAUCGUCCUUUAACAGAGAUUAAUUCGUAAGUCUUUUGACGACAAGCUAAAAAGGAAAAAAAAGGAGAGAAAAAAAAGAGAAAAAAGUGUUUCAUGAAUCUAGAGCACAAGCCAGUACUUUAAAAGUAAAAAGAAAAAAAAAAUACAAUUUCAUAAUCCUGAUAUUUGUUCAUGAAUAGGAAAUCAGUAGUUUGGUUAUUAUUGGUUUAUUUGUAGGAAUGGGUAAUUACUAGUAGACUUAUCUAAUAUUUCUGCAUUGAGAUCAGUCGAAUUGUGAGCAUGAGAUGUGGCAAUGAGUUUCAUAACUGUUUUUGACACUAUCAUAACACUUAACUGUACUGUAUACUAAGUUACCAGAGACAGCCAUAGCUAGCCCUCUAAAAGAGAGCGCUCAUAAUGGAGUGAGGUCUGUAGAGGUUUCAUGCUAACCUUUGAGAGGUUACCUUAAACUGACCAAAAAACUUCAAACUGCCCUGAAUGCUAUUCAUGAAAUACCAAAAUUGCGUAUAGCUAUAGCACUUAUAGAUUUUUUUUAUUAUUAUUUCUGAUGGCAGAUGUAGCCAUGGUCAUGUGUUUUAAAUCAUUAUCCUGCAUGUAAGGAUUGUUCAGGUCAUGGCCAAGUCUAUCAGAAGAAGUCCUUUUAGCAUAUCUUGUAUCCAGACACUUGCAAUGCAUAAGACUGUUGAGCUCUAUAGUAUAUCUAGUAUGGGACCAUGCUAAGUGAGAUCUGUGUCCAUGUUCUUAACUGAGUGCGAAGCAGUCGUGUGUGCGCGCAGUAGCUGAUUAGCACGUUCACCGCUGAGACUGAGAGCAGAGUGUCUUCUCGGACUGAUGAGCAUCACUCUCUGAGGUGAAUCAUGUGACAUGCACGCUGGCUUCCAGGUCAAGAUGGAGAAUGACUAUUUAAAGAGAAAAACAAAAGCCUUGUUGGAAUGAUAUUUAUUUUCCUACUAUAUUAUUUAAUGUUUUUUUUAUUUUAAUGCAUUAUUGUAGUUUUAAUUAAUUUACAGAUUUAAAGAGCAGUUCAGUCAUGGCUCCUAUAUGAACAUGAGCUCUAUGCCAAAAAAAAAGAGAGAAAAAAAGUGAGCUGACACUCUGGUGACUGAAUGGGACCCAUGUCAUGACUCUGUGCUGGCCAUAGGGGAACAAGGUUGGUCAUUCAGGUCAGGUGAUCUACUUCGCAGAGGUUACACGGGACCACAGCAAAACAUUAGCUUAGUUUUUUGGCACAGUUUCUGGUUGUCGGUGCAGCUGCUAGAUGCUCACGUGUGGUGCUGGGGAGUCGUGCACGUUAUUGAAUCUAAACCAGGUAAAACAAACAUCAGCACCGGGGGGCCUGUUAGGGAAGCUUCUCGAUGGUUCUGCACUUGCUUGCAGUGCUUUUCUUUGCACGGAAUGAAGGUGAGGCAUAAAUUUGAAGAAUAUAUGACACAUAAUCCAAGACAUAACCUUUGAUUUAGGUUGAGCCACAUCUCUCACAGCAAAACUUUUGACCAAUUUUUGCUAAGACUGGCCUUGUAUUUAGCUAGAGUUAAUGAUUCGAUGGGUAGCAAGGCGAAAUAUAAACAUAGGCAGCGUUUAUGUAAUAGCGUAAUGAUUUUGGUUUACUUUGGACGCUCAUGCUUUAGGCUGUAGUCAAGCAGUCGUGCAUCCGUUAAGCGAUUAUCUUUCAAAAACAAAUUUCACAGCUUUGACAGACCAAGACAAUCAUCCCAAACCAGUGCACGAUCAUAGAGCCACAGUCACCAAGAAGGGUCUUGAUGCUGGUGUUUGCUUUUAUCUGAAACUGGCAGAUAGAUGGUGGAACUUCAAUAGGAUAAUCCAUGGCUUAGUUUAGAGAAUAAAAGUAUGUUGUGUGAGUGAGUAAAUAUUUGUGCACACUGAAAAUGCAGUAUGGAGGUUUGAAGUUGAAACUAAGAAUGGGUUGAGUUCACUACUAUACAGGUUUAUUUAGCAACUAUCCCAUUUUUAAUCUUAAACCUCGCAAUUCGGUCGUCUUGAAAUUCUUUUACUCCCAAGUCGUGAGAAGUAAUUGCCUUACGUUUGACUUCAGUCAAUAGAAAAUGAGCUGGACCCAGUCCUGUUUAAAAAGAAAUUUGCAGAGGAUUACUAGUGAACCGAGUGACGCUCAGACCAGAAAAAGAGAUGUUUUAUUUUUCAGUGUCAAUUUAAUAGCUAUGUUAAAAUUCCAAACUAUGCAAUAAUCACACACAAAGGAUUCACAGCAACACAGAAAUUGACCUUUAUUUCAUUCAGUGCCAGCUGAUGCUGUGUGAAUCAAGCAGCAGCAUGUGUGCUCUCAUACUGCACUCACAGUGUGAAGGCGAUGCUCCUCUAUAAUGCUUUAUAGUUCUGUGUUUUACUUCUUUCAGAUUUUAUUUUACACUCGCAUUCGUUUUGUUCUGUGAAUCGUUUCUUUUGUGUCGUGUGGUGCAAACGGACAGCUGUUCUGAAGGAAUCUCUUAGGAAGUUAAGAGCUAUAGUCACACUGUAGUAUAUCCUAGCUUAUAUUUUAUGUUAAAUAUGCACUUUGCAUCUUAACCACUAUAAAGGGCAUUGAAACAUUCAGUACAUGUGCAACUGAGACAUAUUUUAUUUACGCAGUGAAUGGAGAUAAGUAGGAAUAUUUUGCCUCCUGAAGGGUCAGGGCUUCUUCAUGUGCUAUUGAUACAUAUGUCUAUAUCUUUGUUGUCCAUGGGUAAAUCCAAAACCCAAGCUGCUGCUAAACUGUUACUAGCCUGAUCGAUGCUGUCUGGAUGCCCCUCCACUCUGGCCGCUCUGAUCUGUCAACGUGCAGUGAGCUCAGCAUCGGUCCAUAUUUGCAUUUAAACACACAUUAAUGUCUAUCCAUGUCUUCAUAUUUAUCUCCUAUGAACAUUCUCCAUGUCAAAUAUAUUUGGCACGGGCAAAUUGACUGUUUCCUCACCAAGUAAAAUGUAUUGGUAAUUUUAGAGAAUGUACCUGUAUACUGAAUGUCUCAUUCGACAAGGACAGGACCAAGAUAGAUGACCAGUGAAGGUUAUUUGGGGAAAAAACAAACAACAACAACAACAAAAAAAAGAGAAGAAAAGCUUUUAAUUUCUUUCUGUUUCAGAUUUGAAUUCAGGUAUAGGGCGCUUAAGGUGGUACUGGAAUAUUGUUCAAUUGACCCAUGGUGAGUUUUGUGAAACUGUUUCUGUCAAUGCUAGAGACGAAAAUCUCCCUGACCUCUGGCACUUCGUGGUACUCUUUCCUCUCAAGACUUGAAAUGCAUAAAUAAAUGUUGUUGUGCUUAAACAAAAUCGAAAUGCUUCAGUGACUAGUAAAGUUUAUUUUGUAUUCAUAUAUAUAUAUAUACACACAUAUAUAUAUAUAUAUAUAUAUAUAUAUAUAUAUGACACUUAUUUUAAUAUCAGAUUCAAAAAGUUAUUGCUAAUUUUAGGGAAUUACUGAAGUUCCUGAUACAGAUGCUAUGUAACGCAUGAUUGACCCUUGUGAAUCACUUGCACUUUAAAAUAUACCCAUAUACAUAUAUGCCCAUACUGUGUAUAUGUUUGGGUUUUUCCUCUGUACUGAAAAGUCAUGAAAGAUACAAAUGCAUCAGUUGUCUGU